GUUUUAAGUUUUAGUCACUCGUCACUCGUCAAAAUAGUUCGGACUUGUUUUUGACGGUUAUUUGAUAAAAUACUAAAUUAAACGUCGCUAGUCGUAACUAUUGUUUUUUGUUCUCUCACAUUACAAACUUAUUUGUUGUGAAAACCUCCUUUAAUUUUCUUAACAGUUCGUUUGAAUUCUAAAAGCUAACCAAGAUCCAUUUAAUUAAACAGAGUCCACACUCCGCGGUGCAGCAGCAGACGACUCCCACCGGUCACCGCCGAAUCUUGUCGACGAAGACCGACUCCUACUCCUCUCUCCACUGCCUCGGCCGUUUCAGCGACACCGUCAAAUAAUAAUAUGAAUAAUAUAAUAUUAUUAUUAUGAUGUCAUCGAUUCGAACAUAAUAUCUCGGGCGCACCAGUAGUAUUUGCACAAUUGCACCGUUCGUCCGUUCUCGUUCGUGGCGUAGACGGUCCGACGCCUACCCGCUUUGUUGCGUCGACAUUUUCUAAGUUUUCCUCUUGCUCUCUCGUCGUCGUCGUCCGUCCACAAUGGCCGAUCGCCCAGCAGACGAACUGCGGUUACUGGACGUCGACAAUAAUUCGUCGGCGUUGGUGGCCGAAGCCGCCGAGGUGGCAGACGGCACGCUGGACAAACCAACCGUCCGGCAAACGGUUUGGCGAGUGACCAAAGGUCUAGUGCCCGUGGUCACCAUCUACGCUCUCGGCUUUUGGCGCGUGGCGUCCGUCAGCGCGUGGGUGCUGGUGCCGUUCUUCUUCUGUCUGUCGGUCGUCCGCGACCUCUUGAGCGACGCUGGCCGAAUAAAACGCCGGCGCGCUCAGAUAGCCGCUGCUGCCGACGAGAAGGACCUGAUCACCGCAAACGUUGCCGAGCUACCGUCCUGGGUGUUCUUCCCGGACAUCCAUCGCGCCGAAUGGCUCAACCAGAUUAUCAAACAGAUGUGGCCGAUGAUCAGCGCGUACGCUCAGAGCACCAUAAAAACAACCGUAGAACCGAUGGUCAUCGAAAGCCUACGUGAAUACAAAAUCAAUAACUUUGCGUUCGACAAGUUACGACUAGGAUCGAUACCACCCAAAAUCGGAGGUGUCAAAGUCUAUGAUAAAGUAUCACGCGAUCAAAUAAUGUUGGACAUUGACGUUAUAUUUGCUAGUGAUAGUGACAUAUCGUUCUAUGUAAGCGGAAUCCCUUGCGGUAUCAAAGACUUUCAAAUUCGUGGUAUGAUGAGAGUGGUUAUGAAACCAUUGCUCACUACUUCACCUCUGGUAGGUGGAAUGCAGAUUUUUUUCCUUAAUCAACCUGACAUUGAUUACGAUUUAAUGGGUGUUGCCGACGUACUGGAUAUGCCCGGCCUCAAUGAUGUAUUGAAAAAAGUCAUUGCUCAACAAGUAGCCGCUACAAUGGUUUUACCUAACAAAUUGCCUAUAGUAUUGAGUAAUGAAAUAGCUGCACAUGUUGUAAAGUUACCUGAGCCAGAGGGUGUCUUGCGUGUACAUAUCUUUCAAGCUAAAAAUUUGGUGGCCAAAGACAUGAGCUUGAUAAGAAAAGGCAAAUCAGAUCCUUACGUCAUUGUCACAUUGGGUGCACAACAAUACAAAACUCAUACAAUAAAUAAUGAACUGAAUCCUAAAUGGGAUUAUUGGUGCGAGUUUGCGUCUUUUUCUCCUAGAGGACAAGUAUUGAAGCUCAAACUUUUUGAUGAAGACGAAAUGGUGGGCAAAAAACAUUCGAAUCUAGGAAGAGCUUCAAUACAAAUUGGCAAUGUUGCUAAAACUGGAUAUUUUGAUAAGUGGAUCAACUUGGAGGAUACCAAACAUGGCAUGAUACAUGUGCGUAUGCUUUGGUUGGACUUAACUUUGGAACAAAGUGCAUUAAAGAGGGCCCUUACUGAAACCCAAGAACUUCGAAUAACAAAUCUAAGUUCAGCUGUAGUGAUGGUAUACGUAGAUUCGGCUAUCAAUUUACCGAACGCUCGAGCUCAAAGCAAACCAGAUCCAUUGGUACGAGUAACUGUUGGUCAAACUACCCAAACAACUGUAGGAAAAUUGCGCACUGAACGUCCUGUCUAUGAACAAGGAUUCACGUUUUUGGUGAACAACCCUGAAACAGACACAAUCGAAUUUAAGGUUAUAGAUCAAAAAACAAAUACUCAGUUGGGUUUAUAUGUUUACGAAUUGUCGUUACUAUUGGUUGCCCAAAAUAUGCGAGUGGAUACUCAACCUUAUGAUCUGAUAAUUGACAGCAAGAACCAACAGCAUGACAGCAAACUAUUGUUUUGUAUGCAACUCAAAUUUUUGAAAAAGUGUCCCGUAUUGGUCGAUGUCAAUGACGACACUACUUCAGUAACAAAACCUCUAUCAAGACAGACAUCUGUACAGUCGACAAAAUCUGUCAACAGUGUUAUAACUUCAGCAGAUGUGUCUGAGAUUCAGUCGUCAGCUGUUGGCAAUAACACACCUACAGAUGGUAUGAGUAGGACCUCGUCGAUUAAAAGAGAUUCAACGGUAUCUCGAAAUUCACAUACCGGUGGUGGUGAUCAAGAACCACUCAUUGAACAAGCCGAAACCACCGAACUGCUAAGCGAACCAGAAGAACCAGCUCCUGGCACAGGUCCUUUGGGCAGCAUACAAAUAACAUUGACAUUCAGCGUGGCCAGACAACGUCUCAACGUUACUAUACAUAAAGUCGUUAACUUACCAAUCAAAGAAGCUUCGGACAUCCCUGAUCCUUAUGUCAAGUUGUACGUACUACCCAAGAAAGAAAACAGUAACACCAAACGAAAAACUGAAACGUACAAGGACAAUUGCAACCCCGUGUAUGAAGAAACAUUCGAGUACAUCAUGGGAGUGGCUGAGUUGAACAGCAAACAGCUAGAAGUGACUGUCCUGACUAAGAAGACUUGGCACAGUCCUGUCUUGGGUCAGAUAGUGUUGAACAUUAGCGACUAUGUCAACAUAAACACACCCAGUUUUACUGGUUGGUUUGAUUUAGAAACUGAAAUCAAAGAAGGCACCGUCGGUUAAUUAUAAUUCAUAGUGCUUUAAACAUAUUACCUAUCGUUCAUUUUUUAAACGGCAUACAUUUAUUAUUUUAUAACAAUAUGGUGCUUAAAUAUUAUGAUUUACCUUAAGGCAGCAUAAUAUGUAUUUAUUUUUAAACUAUUAGUCACAUUUUCUUUUACAUUUUUUUUUUUUAUCCAUUUUGCAUUGUUAAAUUUAUUUUUACUAUUAUUUUUUUUUAUAUAUCUAUUAUAAAUUGUUAUUUCUUAUAUACUUUUCUAACUUAAUUUGAAAACAAUUCCGUCUUUGCAAAGUAUUGUGUUGAAAACCCAUUGAUUUAUACUUUAUUAACAAUGUUAUUGAACAAAUUCAAUAGUGCCACGCUUUUUAAUUAAUUAUAUGUUUUUUAUUUCUUACACAUUAAGUUGUAUCUUUUUAGAAAAAUAUUUUAUUUGUAUUGUUGUUAUAAAAUGUUGACCUCCUUGUUUAGUUACAUUGAAUGUAUCACAUACAUAUUAGAUACAAUAGCAACUAAAUAAACACUACUCGCAGAAGUAUAGUCUCA